AUAGAGUCAGUCAACAUUCAACAAGUCGUCCCUCUUCAUGAUAAUUCACUUUCACUUCGAAUUUCUUCAAUUGAAUAAUUUGAAAGCUUCAACAACCAAAUGGUCUUCCAUUGCCGAUGUUUCUCUUUCUUGUUCGUUGAAGUCCAAGACAUCGAAGAUGAAACCAGAACCCAAACAAAAUCAACUGCCACUGAUACCUUUUACACUGCUCCCUCGGAUCCUACCCGAUCCGUACCCAGUUUGGCCCACAAACCCAGCAAUCUGAGGGUUUUUACAAUCGCCGAGUUGAAAGCAGCCACUAAAAACUUUUCAACGAUGAUCGGUGAGGGUGGUUUUGGGACUGUUUAUAAGGGCCUGAUUAAGAAGUUGGAUCAUCCUGUUGAUGAAAUUCAUGUGGCUGUAAAGCUCGCCAAAGGAUUAUUGCAGGGGCAGAAAGAGUGGGAAACAGAGAUUAAUGUUCUUGGGGUGAUUGAGCAUCCAAAUCUUGCCAAACUAAUCGGUUACUGUGCGGAAGAUACUGAACUUGGUACACAACUGUUUUUAGUGUAUGAAUAUAUGGUAAACGGAACCGUGCGAGAUCAUUUAUCUGCAAAAUCCGAAACACCACUCUCCUGGAACACGAGACUGAAAGUGGCCCAAGAUGCUGCUCGCGGUUUGACAUUUUUACAUGAAGAAAUGGAUUUUCAGAUUAUUUUACGGGAUUUCAAAUCUUCCAACAUUCUUCUAGACAAUCAAUGGAACGCUAAGCUUUCGGAUUUUGGGGUGGCUCGGUUAGGUCCUCAAGAAGGAUUCACUCAUAUCUCGACAAAGUUUGUAGGAACCAUGGGAUAUGCAGCUCCCGAGUAUCUUUCAGUAGGGCGCCUCACAUCCAAGAGUGACGUAUGGAGCUACGGCGUGUUCCUAUAUGAACUUAUCACGGGUAGGCGCCCAUUGGAUAAAAACCGGCCUCAGAACGAGCAGAAGCUUCUAGAAUGGAUGAAACCUUACCUAGGAUCAAAAAGAUUCCAGAGAAUCAUCGAUCCAAGACUUGAGGGUAACUACCCACUAAAGUCGGUCCAAAAGUUGUCGUUUAUAGCCAAUUGUUGUUUGUGUAGAGACCCGAAAUCACGACCAAAGAUGAGUGAGGUGCUAGAAAUGGUUAACCAACUCAUUGAGGCUCCAUCACAAGCGGUAAAUCCUGUUAUAAAAACUGUUAAUGACAGCAAAAAAGACUCGAGAUUUCCUUCAUGCCUUUCUUGUUUUAGAAGUGUAUCGUAGCGAUUAUGAUAUGGCAUUUUUAUCCCUACCGAUUAAUGUAUAGAAACGCGCUCUUUCAGUAGCUUGCUGCAGAAUACGAGCGAGAUGAGAGGUAAAUAGAUGUUUCAUGAACACAUGUAAGGUUUUUGUAUGAACAUAUUUGACUUAAGUGAAUCAAGUGAAAUGAAUACAUGUAUGUAUAAUGAAAUUCGAGUUGCAAGUUGA